GCGGCAUCCGGAAGCGGCCGCUCUGUCCCCUCUCGGUGCGAGGAGGCUGCAGGGUAAUGGCGGGCCGCGCGCGGGGCGGCGGGCGGCUGGGCUGCGGCCCCUGAGGCGGCUGCGGCCCCUGAGGCGGCUGCGGCCAUGUACUCGGCUGUCGCCGCCUCGCCGCCCAGGCGGGACUUCAUCUCUGUCACCCUCAGCCCGGAGGAGGCGGUGGGGGUCGGAGGCUACAACAACAGCAAGGCCUGGAGGCGGCGCUCCUGCUGGCGGAAAUGGAAGCAGCUGUCUCGACUGCAGCGGAGUAUAAUUCUCUUCCUGUUUGCCUUCUUGGCAGUCUGUGGAGUCAUUUCAUUUACCAGCAUGGGGGAACCAUGGAAAAGUUUAACAAACAAAUCAUUGGAUGAGCAGAGAACAGAACCAGAAAUACCUGGAUUAAAGCUGGUGAAUCCAGCUGUUCUGCCAGCGCCACAGAAAGCAGAUGCCAACGCUGGGGACUACCCAGAACUUUCACCUCAGAAGCAGCCGAAAUUGCCUCACAUUCGGCGUAGUCCUUCCAAUCUUCAGAUCAAACCACCGCGGAGGGAUGUGAGGCUGAAGACGCGACAUGCAACCAGCAAGAUUGUAGAAGAGCUGGUCCAGGCUGAUAAAGAAGAGAAAACAGAGAAAUCUGUUAUCAGCUGGAGAGGAGCAGUGAUAGAACCCGACCAAAGCACUGAGCCUCCAUCUAGUAAAAUAAAGGAAUCAGAAAAACCUUCAUCUUUGGAAGCCGAAGGCCAGAAGGAACCAGUGCCCAUAAAUGAACGUCAAAUGGCUGUGAUAGAAGCAUUCCGCCAUGCAUGGAAAGGAUACAAGGAUUUUGCUUGGGGCCAUGAUGAACUGAAGCCUUUGUCCAAGUCUUACAGUGAGUGGUUUGGACUUGGGCUUACCUUAAUUGAUGCCUUGGAUACUAUGUGGAUUCUAGGCUUAAAAGAAGAGUUUGAAGAAGCAAGAAUAUGGGUAGCAAACGACUUAGUCUUUGAUAAAAAUGUGGAUGUGAACCUCUUUGAGAGCACAAUUCGUAUUCUUGGUGGCUUGCUGAGCACCUACCAUCUCUCUGGAGAUAGCCUCUUCCUGGAAAAAGCUAAAGACAUUGGGAAUAGGCUUAUGCCAGCAUUCAAGACCCCCUCCAAGAUACCCUAUUCUGAUGUCAACAUUGGCCGGGGCACUGCACAUCCACCUCGCUGGACAUCUGACAGCACUGUGGCAGAGGUGACCAGUAUUCAGCUGGAGUUUAGGGAGCUUUCUCGUCUUACUGGAGAUGAGAAAUUCAAGAAAGCUGUAGAUGAGGUGAUGAAACAUGUUCACACGCUCUCAGGGAAAAAUGAUGGACUGGUGCCUAUGUUCAUAAACACCAAUAGCGGGCAGUUCACUCAUUUGGGUGUCUAUACUCUGGGAGCCAGAGCUGACAGCUACUAUGAGUAUUUGCUCAAGCAAUGGAUUCAGGGUGGGAAAAAAGAAAAUGAACUGUUGGAAGACUAUAUGAGAGCCAUAGAAGGUGUGAAAAAGCAUCUUCUUCAGAGAUCACAACCCAAGAAGCUUACCUUUGUAGGAGAGCUUGCUCAUGGCCAUUUCAGUGCCAAGAUGGAUCACUUGGUUUGUUUUUUGCCUGGUACUUUGGCACUGGGAGCUCACAAUGGAUUGACUGCUGAUCAUAUGAAACUGGCCGAAGCCCUGAUAGAAACGUGUUACCAAAUGUAUGAGCAAGUAGAGACAGGCCUGAGUCCAGAGAUUGUGCACUUCAAUCUUCAUGCACAAAAGGGCCACAAAGAUGUGGAAAUCAAGCCUGCAGACAGGCAUAACUUACUGCGGCCAGAAACUGUGGAAAGCCUUUUUUAUAUGUACAGAUUCACCGGAGAUAAGAAAUACCAAGACUGGGGCUGGGAAAUCUUGCAGAACUUCAAUAAAUACACACGGGUUCCUACAGGUGGUUAUACUUCCAUUAACAACGUUCAGAAUCCCAGUAAUCCAGAGCCACGAGAUAAAAUGGAGAGCUUCUUCCUUGGGGAAACACUCAAGUACAUGUUUCUGCUGUUUUCAGAUGACGUAGACUUAAUCAACCUUGACAAAUUUGUAUUUAACACAGAAGCUCAUCCACUCCCAAUCUGGGUGCCGGCAUAGAUAGGGUGUCAGUAGACAUUCCAGUGGUGUUGUUUUUAUCUUCAAGUCACUUUAAAUUUCAGGGUUUGAGGAGAGAUGCUGUAUUGCACCUUUUUUAGGCUUGAACAAAACCUUUGAGAAAGCAUCUCUGGUUUGGAGAAGUCAUGUCAGUCUUAUAUCUAAUCCCUGUGCUUUGGUUCUGUGAUGGACAAUCUGUGCAAUAUUAAGCUGCUUUUCCUGGUACUGAUGAUUAUGAGGCUUAGAGAAUAAUUAUAGUAUGGACCAUGAUGUUCACGGGGCUCUGGUGAACCAGAACUCACUUAUGUCAGUCUUAAUAAAUGCUAAUUAAAUAUCAGGAAUGCAGCAAGAUGUCUUAAAGCACAGGGAUGUCUCUGGAGAGAAGGAAUAAGCCUUCAGGUUUGUUCUGGAUGUACUGAAACACGUGGUUAUGGCGCCAUUCCUUCAUAAGAGUAUAUGGUGUUUCAGAUGUUAAGUAGAAUAAACGAUGAACCAUAAUUUCCCAGGUAGAAGUUAAAGCUGUCAGUAUUGUUACUGAUACUCUUGAUCUCAUUCCAAACUACCAAUCUGUGCUGCAUCACAUGAGAAGGAAGUGGCAGCAGAGCAACUGUUGUACAGUGUCUUAGUUUUAUAGAGCACUUUGAACAAUCUGUUCAAGCUGUGGUUGAAAUGAAUGAUGGAACAGAAUUUGCUGCUGAUUUGGCUCAAAGUGGUGUAUAAUUUUGUAGACAUUUUGCAGUUUUUUUAAACUUAUCUGCAGGAAUGCAGGAGACAAUGUGAAACAAGUGAAACUACACAUGCAUUAUAUAUAUUAAUUGUAUCAGUUAGACCUCAGGUAUUCUGACUGAAAGCUGCUUUGUGAGGUUGGGCACUGGGAAAGCUUGUGAGCACAUUAGAUAUAAUUCCAAGUCAACCUCCUUCCAUCUCUUCCUGUCCACAUCUUGCAUUUUAAGGUGUUUGUUGACUCAACAUGCUUACAACUAUACAGCAAAAUUCAGGUUAUUUGUCAUUGUUUAGACUGUAGAGAAGUUGUCAUUUUUUUGUUGUUGUUAGGGGUUCCUUGGCAGACAUGUUUUCAUCAGAAGUAUUAAAAGCAGACAGUCUAGAUGUAUUAUGAGAAUUCGUGGUUGCAAUAGAAUCACUGAAGAUUUUUCAGUUCUUUGAAAAGAAAGCAGACUCAGGUUUGCUUUGUAUAGAAUCUUAUAGGAGCCUUGGCAUCUUUUGUUUUUAUAUGUGCAAAUAGGUUUUAAACCAUGAACUCGGAAACCAGCUUUCUUUAGUUUUCUGCCUUUGGCUUUGUAUCUACUUGCACAGUUCCAUAUUCACAGAUUACAGAAAUUUGUUUGUAAUUUUAAAGAGGUUGCUCUCACCAAAAUGUCUUUUCCUCUUUUUAAUUAGUUAAUGGGAGCAGUGGGAAGUAUGCAGGUGUAUGGUAGUGGAAGUGAGAUACAGUAUCCUAUAAAUCUAGGGUUGCAAAACAGAACUAGUCUAAAUCUGAUUGUAAUGGUUAAUUUUCCAGUGGCUUAGGCAUAUGUGUAUUUUACAGCAUUUGUAACCAUUGACUUUUAAAGUAAGGUAUUUGUUUUAUGCUGAUUAAUUCUGUUUGCUUGAGUCUGAACUUACUAUACGGACCACUACUGAAGUCCCUUUAAAGAAUAUUUAUCAUUCCAUUUACUAAUGAUGACUUACGGAGAUGAAGGAAUCUUAUAAAUUGCACCUUUUCCUGUCAUCGAAAAGACCCUGUGAUUUUUCUAGACAAGAGAAUUUUGUGCAGAAUUAUAAUGUCCCUCCAGUUCAAAAGCCAGCAGUAACCUUGGAAGUAAGUUUCUCAUGUGUGCAAUGUAAUCCAGUAGCCUUAGCUUGCACAAUCUAUUUGAUACUAAGAUUUUCUUUGAUGUAACAGAGAAGAAGGAAACUGCUGUUGAAAUGGAGAAGGAAACACCUUCAGUCUUUUAGUUUGUGAAGCAGGUUUGUGUUACUUUGGAUCUCAGCUUUGGCUAAAAAAUGGAGGAUUAAAAUGAGAUAAAAUAAAACAAAAUAAAAAAGAAGAUUAAUUCAGUGUGAGUACACAACCUCUUGUUCUAACUUAUGUUGCUUGGGCCUCGUGCCUUCAAUUGCAGCUAGUAUUGAUCCCAUAAUUGCUGAUUUUGCCAUGGAUCAUAAAAAUUCCAAACUGUGGUGUUUCACCUAUAGGACAAGCCCUGUUGAGGGAAUGAAGAGAAGUCUGAAGAUGUGGAAUGUAUCUAGGUGUUCACCAAAAAUCUGUUGUUGAAGUCUUAUGCUGAUCUUAAUGUAGUUGACUCUACAAAUGAGACUGUGGGAGUCUGUGUUAAAAUUUCCUAUUGUGUCAUGUUUAACAUGAGAGUAAUACUAAUACAUUGCAGAAUGAGCAAAAGGAAGGAGAGAAGAAUAAACAUGCACUUUCCCAAACACAUUUUUUUUCUUCUAGCUGAGCUUGUUGGUACAACUGAUUUCUUCUCUACUUAAUUCUUCCUGAAUUGUCUUUGUGAAGUGUGACUUUACUGUACACAUCCUUCAUGUCUGAAGUUAAGAUUGCUCAGCUCUGUUUAGUAUAGAAAGCAAAUGCUUGUUUGACUCCUUUAUCAUAUGUGAAAUGGCACAAACCUGAAUAAUAUGACAAAAGCUCAUCUGCUUCUUCCUGUUCUUUUGCAAAUGUCAUUUUAAUUGCUUAUUUAUUUUUACUUAAUAUAAUAUGUUGUGUCAGAUCAGACUAUGAGCUUUGUCCAUCUCACUUCUACUAUAUGUUUUCCCUUCCUGCCUUCCCAAAACCAACAGAAAUUGUGUACUUUUUUUUUUUUCCUAGGGGCAUGUGGGGGUGUACUCUUGCGGUUCUUUGAACCACAGCCUUAAGUAUGGGGUCUGUAAUUCAUUUUGGUGUUUCAGCAUCCUAGUGUGCUUCUGACACUUAAGUCAAAUGUUGUGGAAACGUAAUCUCUUCAAGCCAGUGAUUGUGUCAUUUUGCACAAAGAGCUGCCUUGGUUUCUCUCCAAGAGCUUGAGUGCCUUGUCUAAUUUAACUAAAGCAAAAAAACAAACAAACAAAAACAGUUGUACCCAGCUCUACUGUUCAUUUAUGCUUUCACUGAGAAACAAAUGGGUAUGGUCACACCCAUAGAAUACUGCACAAAUGUAGCGGUUGGAAACCUCCCACUCUGGGAUUUAAUCUGUUUGCUCAAAGAAAAAUCAAUAGAUGGAUGCAGAGCACGUUUAGCAUCUAAUCUUUGUUCAACCUUUUUGAUAACUGAAUACUUGCUACCAGACUGGGAAACUGAGAGUUUUGCAAGGUCCGUGGUGUAAGCUUACAGGGGCCCUUCCAUGGUGAACAUUUAAGAUUUUCAGCAUUAAAUUUCAAGCUCAAAUAAAGCUGUAUUUACUUCUCCAAAUACUAGACAAAGAAUCAGCUCGCUUUCCUAUUCUAUACCUGUGUGAUAGUGCAGUGAUAAGGAAUGCAGAUAGGACAUUUUUUUUGCAACUAACAUGUAAACAGUUUUGUGAGUUCUUUGCAUUUCUCCUGCUCUAAGACUUUUUUUUUCCCCAACUUCAGAUUGGAAAGGAUUUUUUUGUGUGCGUGUUUUUGUUAGGUUGUUUAUUUGUCUGCAAGUAUUGUUGGAACUUAAUGUCAAAGUCUGGAGGCCUCUGCUUCCAAUAAAAAUGAAGCCUUUGGAUAUUCAUGUUUUGUGCUUGCCAGCUUCCCAGAAAACCUGCUCAUUUGCAUGAUCAGUUUCCGAACUCUGACUUAAAGGCUUGGGGCCAGAGACACUGUUCUUACUGCUUUGUGCAAUGUUCCCAACUUGGUCAUACCUUCCUUAUGCUGUUAUGUGGUGAUAAAAUAAAAUAAGCCUUUUCUCAAUGA